AGGUACGUUAUCAAGCUACAAGCUGUACGCUAGUAUAUAAACUUACAUUGGCAGUUUUAUUGUAUACCUAAUAGUUCAUUCGUACUUCGGUAUGGAAGACCAGGAGAUGCAGCUUAAAGUAAAGCGAGUAACGGAUAAAUUUACCGAAAGCAUGUACGUGUUGGCAAACGAGCCGUCGGUCGCACUUUACCGGUUGCAAGAGCAUGUGAGAAGGUCACUGCCAGAGCUCGUGCAGCAUAAAACAGAUAUGCAGAGCUGGGAGGAACAAAGUCAAGGAGCAAUUUACACUGUGGAGUAUGCAUGCAGUGCAGUGAAAAGUAUGACAAACAGCAGCCUCUACUUCAAAAGCAUUGAGGGGCUGCUCCGUCAAGCCAUCACCAUCAAGGACCACCUUAGUGCUACCCAGGGGCGCAGUGACGUGAAUCCCUCUCCUAGCCCCCUUGACCCUGCACAGCCCCCAUCCACCUCCUGACCUCUGAAGAGCUGUGGUGAAGGAAGAGAGCUGGGGAUGCUGCCAUCCUGAAGGAGGGUGGAGAGAGACACAGCUCGGGGGUGUGAAGAUUUGCCAAACAGGACAUUGGUCCCUUUGAGUUGGACACCUCACAGUGGACAUACAGGGGCACUCCCUCCCCUCACACAACUGAGCACUCUUCCCUUCUCAGCAGGGCCUGAAUCCUCCAUAGUCCACUGCUAACCCUUUCCUGCAACACUGGGGCACAUCUGUGAUGUAUCUUCAUAAAAGAGGAUAUUUCUUUGUAUGUUCUCAGCGUCUGUGUGUAUGUACAGUUGAAAGAAAGCAGGUGCUUCCUCGAAAUGGCUUCAGUGUUCACGUGGCUUUAAGUUUGUUCUCAGCAGUCUGCAGCAAUGGAUCACAACGAUUAGAAAACAGUUUUAAGUUACUUACAAUUACCUCAUUGUGCAGACUUUAAAUGGGUGGAAGGUUCAGUGAGUAAAUCAGCUUUAACCAGAUCAACAUUAGUACUUAUAUAAUUGUUGAUAAACUUGAGGUUGCAGAUUGUUUGAAAUGUUUUAACUCGCUUAUGUCGCAAAGAAAACUAAUGAUUGGGUAGUAUGUAUAUAUUUUACUGCAUUGUGUUUUUUGGUGACAAAAGUAAAAA